AUGGAGUACGACAAAGCAGCAGCAGCCGGAGUGCCUGAAGCUCAAGCAUAUCCUCACCAGAGCGUCCAAGCGGGUGACAGAGAUGGCGAGCUCCGCAUCGAUGGUCCCAAAGUGGACACUUCUCUACCAGCAGAACCCAUCACAUUUCCAUUCUCAGGUCGCACUGCGAAGAACCGAUUCCUCAAAGCGCCCAUGACAGAGCGCUUAUGCCACUGGAAUAAACCGGAUGAACCCAUUACCAAACGAGGCUAUCCAUCGCCAGAAUAUGAACAUCUCUAUCGACGCUGGGGCGAAGGCGAGAUAGGCGUCAUCGUUUCCGGCAAUACAAUGUUACGCUACGAUGCCGUGGAAGCCUUUGGCAACCCAAUCCUGCAAGACGAUCAUGAUGGUAGAGUGGAAGCAUUUCGAAAAGUGACCAAAGCUGCCCAAGCUCAUGGCAGUCUGAUUGUUGCACAGCUGAGCCAUCCGGGAAGGCAAGGAGGAGCUGCACUGAACCCUAACCCUGUCAGUGCUUCAGAUGUCCAGCUAAACAUCAAAUGGGCUGGCAAUUGGUUCAAUAAACCGAGAGCUUUGAGUGUUACUGAGAUCCACGAACUCGUGAGGCAAUGGGGUGAGACUGCAUAUUUGUGCUACAAAGCAGGUUUCGAUGGAGUCCAAAUCCAUACUGCACAUGGCUACCUCCUAGCUCAAUUCUUCGCCUCCACUACCAAUAAACGCACAGAUGAGUAUGGCGGCUCGCUAGAGAACAGAAGCAGGAUUAUCUUUGAAAUCAUCGACGAAGUCAAGCGACGCGUGAACGAUCCCAAGUUCAUCAUCUGCGUCAAGGUGAACUCAGUCGAAUUCCAGCCCGGUGGCCAGACGCCCGAAGACUGUCGCAAUCUCUGCGUCAAAUUUGAAGAGGCAGGAGUCGACUUCAUCGACUUAUCUGGCGGAACAUUCGAAGGUCGAGCUUUCGAACACAAGAAAGAGUCUACCAAAGCAAGAGAAUCCUACUUCAUUGAAUUUGCCGAGCUCAUUCGACCUUUGCUCAAGAAGACGAAAUUGUACGUUACCGGAGGCUUCCGGACGGCGUCUGGUAUGGUUCGUGCUCUGGAAGACCAGGCGUGCGAUGGUAUCGGGAUUGGCAGACCGCUGGGUGCGGAGCCGUAUCUGUGUAAAGAGAUCCUUUCUGGAAAGGUCACAGGCGCUAUCGAAAAUUUCGUGCCUUUGCCAAAGAACACUCAAGCGACAGGGAUGCAAUUGUACCAAAUUGCGAACAGUGAUGAGCUUAUCAGUGAUUUCAGCGAGAAGAGUGAAGUGCAAAGAUGGCUGGAAGCAGAUCAGAUCGAGGAGAAGAGGAAGAUGAACGUGUUACCAAUUGUCGAUUCUUCAGGCUACGCGCCUAUCAAAGCCCACGCAGGAUUCGCAUAUCUGAGGUCAUGA